AUGACUUCAACUGACAACGAGCCGGAGAAAAGUGAAGCACCUGUACAAGAUGAGCCUGAAAAUACAGAGGAAAGUGAAAAGUCCACACUUAGUGAAUAUGUGGCAAACCUGGAAGCUAGACUCAAACAAAAAGCUGAAGUACGUAACCAAAACUUGAAUUGCGUUCGCCCUCCAGAGAAUUAUUUCUCAAAAUUGGAUUCCGGUCUGAAGAAAAAUACGACCUUUGUAAAAAAAUUAAAGUCGUUCAGUGCUACACAAAUCGACGUACUUUUAAAGGAUUUUAGUGCUUUGAACCUAACAAAAUAUAUAUCGGAGGUUGCAGCCGCUAUUGCAGAAGCGAAACUAAAGAUGUCAGACAUCCCUGCUGCACUUCAACUGUGUUCAUUGCUCCAUCGAACUUAUGCUGAGUUUUCAUCAAACUUUUUCGAAAACUGGCAAAAGAUUUUGACAUUUAAAGCUACAGAUAAGAUAGUGAAUUCGUCGAAAUUACGGGUGGAUAUCAGAUUUUAUGCAGAGCUGGUUGCUGCGGGAAUAUUUAUGAAUAAAACUGGAUUGCCGUUGUUGGGAAAUGUACUUACUGUGCUCAUAUCUAUGGACAAAGAGGAACAUAACAACAUACCAAUACUGUUGUCAUUCUGUAAACACUGUGGUGAAGAUUAUGCUGGACUAAUGCCUAAAAAAAUAAGGGAUUCUGCUGAGAAAUAUAAUGUUACAAUACCGCGGAACACUUUUCUACCAGCUGAGAAGCAAACAGUAGUGCGGUCACUGUUGAAGGAUUAUUUUGUGUCAUUGACUAAGCACUUGUUGGCUGAAAGAGCUCAAUUGCAAGCGUUGCAUGCUGCCAAUCAAAGAACACUGCAUACCAGAGGUGAACUGUCACAGGAAAGAAAAGAUCAGUUGGAGCAACAUCAGGCUACCUAUGAUAAACUGUUGGUUGGUGCUCAAAACUUUGCUGAAGUUUUGGGUGAAGAGUUAGGAGAGGCUGGUGAGCCUCCAACCUUGACUAUGACCGUGAUAGAGACUCAGGGAUCCGUCACCAUAGGUGGCAAUGAGGAGUUCAAUAUGCAGGCUGGCACAGACCCAUGGCAGGAUGAAGAUACAAGGACUUUCUACACUAUACUACCAGACCUCAAAGAUUUCAUGCCUAAUUAUCAACUAAAAGAGACUGUGAAAAAUAAAACAGAGACUGUGACAGAAGAGAUGCUGGAUGAAGAUAUAAAAGAAGACGAUUUGAGUGACACUGAGGAGCCACCUACAGUACCCGAUGUUGAGCAGGAAGAGGCACAGCCAACUUAUGUCUCUAAUAAGUACGCACUUGAUGCAUUUUUAAGUGAUUUACCAAAUUGCAUCAAUCGCGAACUAAUAGAUAAUGCCGCCGUGGAUUUUGUUUUGAAUCUCAAUACGAAAAAUAAUAGAAAGAAACUAACAAGAGAAUUGUUCAGUGUUGCCAGAACUCGGCUUGACUUACUCCCAUUCUAUUCAAGAUUUGCAGCUAUUCUGUAUCCUGUGUUGUCUGAUGUAUGUGUUGAUCUGUGUCAAAUGUUGAAGCAGGAUUUUAAAUAUCAUGUUAGAAAGAAGGAUCAAAUCAAUAUAGAGUCAAAGAUAAAAGUAGUGAGAUUCAUAGGAGAGUUGGUUAAAUUUGGUUUGUAUUCUAAAAUGGAAGCUCUGUUCUGCCUCAAAGUACUUCUGCAUGACUUUAAACAUCACCACAUUGAAAUGGCAUGCAAUCUGCUGGAGACUUGUGGAAGAUAUUUAUAUUGUAAUUCAGACACACACCAACGGACAGUGAUAUAUUUGCAGCAAAUGAUGAGGAAAAAGACUGUGUCAGCCCUAGAUUCGAGAUAUGUCACACAAAUCGAAAAUGCAUUUUAUUAUGUUUGUCCACCCGAAACACCGGCGCAACCUAAGGAAGAAGAACCGCCAAUGCAUCAGUUCAUCAGGAAAAUACUACACGAAGAUUUACAGAAAAGCAAUGAAGAGAAAAUACUUAGACUGAUGCGUAAGUUAAAUUGGGACGACCCUGACAUUUCGGCAAUCGCAAUUCAACAUUUAGCAGGUGGGUGGAGGGUGCGAGCUAGUGCCAGAAGAGCUUUGGCGCGCCUCACAGCUGAACUGGCGGCAUGGCAAGAAGUAGUAGCGCCAGCAGUUGUGGACACAAUAUUAGAAGAGAUAAGACUUACUAUGGAAGAUCCGCACCCAAGGUACAAUCAGAGAAGAAUAGCCACAGUCAAAUAUCUCGGCGAAUUAUACAACUACAAGCUAUUGGAUUCCCGCGACGUUUUUACAGUUCUGUAUUCGUUUAUAACUUUUGGGGUGACAAACGAUCACAACACUGUCUCGCCUUUAGAUCCUCCCGAAAACGUUUUCAGAAUAAGACUGGUUUGCGCUCUCCUCGAGAUCUGCGGCGCUUAUUUCAACAGCGGGUCUAGUAAGAAGAAACUCGAUUACUUCCUAAUAUUUUUCCAACAUUACUUUUGGUUCAAAUACUCCGAUCCGAUAUGGACUGAUGAAAACAAAUUUCCCAUUUACGUAUACAAUAUAUAUCAAGAAUGCCUGACCAAUUUGAGGCCUAAGUUAAAUAUGUUCACAAGUUGGCAACAAUGUAAAGAUGCUAUAGAGGAAUUGCGACAGACUUUGUAUCCUGAAUUGGGUGAAGAAGAGAUCGAUAAUGAAGACCACGGUGACGAUAGUGUGAAUGAAGGGUUAGACACGAUUAUAGAGACAGAUGAUGAAACAGACAAUCCACAUUUGCCAGAGGAAAGUUCUGAUGAAGAACCACUGCCAGAAAAUAUGAAUAAUGAUGAGGGUUUACUUCAAGAUGACAUGAAUAUGGAACCACGAAGACCAGCUCCAAAGCCAGUGGAAGAUGUAGAGUUCGAAUCCGCGUUUGAAAAAAUGGUUACGGAAAAUAUAGCAGAGAGACAACGGGAGAAUAGACCGCAACAGAGAGAUAUUGCAGUCCCUAUGACAUGUCGGCAGACCACUAAGAAAACAUACGAACAGCUAUUGCAAGGUAAAGAAGGCGUCGAAUUUGUUUUGAUGGUGCGCAAAGGAACAAAGCCGCAAUACAAAUCGUUCAGCGCACCGCCAGAACUUGCAAGCAAUUUGCAACAACAGGCGCUGGCUGAUAAACAAGAAAUGGAGAGAGUGAAACGUCUGACUCUGAAUAUUUCCGAGAGGCAAGAAGAAGAAGAGUACAGCGCUGAAAGUGGAGGAGGAUCCGGAGGUAGUGGCAAUCCCAACAGAGGACAACAUGUCCGCCAGAAAUAUCAGCAUCCCAAAGGAGCACCUGACGCGGAUUUGAUAUUUGGACCAAAAAAAUUUAAAUAGCAUUUACUUUCCGACUAUUUUACAGACAUGUAAAUAGUCGCUGAUGAUUUCCUGGCUUGUGGAUUGAUAACUUUUUGCUAGCUAAUAUUUUACUUUAAUUUUGCAGAUGAAUAUGCGAAUAUGAGAUAAUAUAAUAUGUAGUAAUAUUU